UGGUUCGUCAUGAGUUGUUGUAUGCGCGUAGUUGUGUGUUGCUUGCUAGAAGAUGAUCGUUGAAAGUAAGAAGGUUUUGUUGAAUGGAAGGUAUCUAUAUCCUCACGAUAAUGCGCGUGAUGACGUUGAUAAUACAGUGAUGUCAUCAUCCAAUGACGUCACACACCCGGAAGUUGAAUACAUAAGAUCGAGAUGUUAUUUGGUGACGUAUUUCAAGGGGCAUCCCCGGGAUAAAGUGGAUGAACAUUUCAACCGGUCCCUACGUCAUCGUGACGACAAACCAAUCAAUGACGUCACAGCACACAAUGACAAGACAACAGGGGAAACCCCCGAUCACGUAACAAUUACCGGGGAUUUCCCAAACGACUUGGAUUGGUUGGAGGAUUGGUGCAACGUCACACAACCAACCAAUGAGGUCCAUGGAAAACAUUAGUAUUGUGACGUAAUCAUGACGCUUACAUUAAACUGAUGACGUCAAUA